GCGUUUUUGGUAAGAUCAGCAUGUCGCUUGUUUCUUCGAGGGUUAUUGGGUUGAAAUUCUGAGAAAAAGAAGAAAAGAUCUGAGGAUCGACAUUUGGCAAGGAACUGAGGAGGCAAAAUGGAAUGGAAAAAUAUCGGUUACGAUGUUUAUAAGGAGAUCAAGGGAGAAGAAGACUUUGACAGGAAAAUGAAGGAAGCAGAAAAGGUUCCACCAAAAAGUAUUUUUGAUGGUGCUAAGCUCAGGGUCGAGACAGAGAAAAUCAAAUUUCUCUUCGGUGCCGCUGCAAUGCACACUGGGAAACGACCUACUCAUCCAAUCGGCGUUGGAGCCCAGGGCUUUGCAACAAUUGUAGCUGCGCCCCAGUUUCCUGAGUGUGAGUUCUUCACUCCUGGCCGAACUUUCCCGGUGUGCGUUCGACAUGCAUCACUUAAGCCCAUCGAUGAUGCGAUGUUAGAUAAAUUGAGCGCUUCUAUCCGAUUUGCUGAUAGUAAUGACGACUCCACACUUGAUAUUAUAAUGGGGACUGGGAGAAGCAGCGUAUUUAGCAAUGUACAGUCGAUAUAUAAUUUUGUGAAAGGUCAUCGGAGUGGCAAACUGAAAGACCUUUACCUGGAUAGUCCUGACAUGUUGGCCAGUAACAUAGAUGGACUGCGUCGGACACCAGACUCAUUUCAUGAUCAGCGGUAUUACUCACAAAUGAUCCUGGGCUUCAAUGCUCUUGACCGCGUUGAGCGAUAUGUCAGGUUCCGACUGAUUCCCGCUGAUGGGUCACCGGAAACAGGUUUGCUGUCAGAAGAUGAACAGAGAAAAAUAUGGGACAAUAAAAGACUGCCCUCAGAGACAAGAGCCAAAGACUAUUUGAAGGAAGAGUUUAAGGAGAGAAUUUCUCGUGGACCUGUCAAGUACAAGCUUCAGUUAACUCUACACGAGGCCAGGACAGACGACCCACCGGCCAUUCUAAAUAUCGCGAGGUAUUGGGACGAGGCUACCCACCCCUGGCUGGACGUGGCUGACGUCACAAUGACUGGUCUCCUUACCCCGGAUGUUACUGAAGGAUUAAAGUUUAACUGUGGUAAUCUGCCGAGUUCUAUUUAUUUUCUACCGGCUCGCACUAUUUAUGAUUCCAACUGUAUAGCUCAUAUAAGAAAGGAGGUAUACGAGAGGUCACAGAAGAUUCGAUCAAUGAGAAGCUCAAGCCAGGAACCAGAUCACGAAGCCACAUAUGUCAUAAGCGUGGAGACUGGUGCUCAGAAGAAGGAAGGAACCAAUGCAAACAUUUCUGUGUCGCUCACAGGAACCAAAGGGAAAACAGAGAAACAUUCUCUUAGCUCCUGGAAGAAUGACUUUGAAGCUGGGCACACAGACGAAUACAAAAUAAAAGCGAUGGAUGUUGGAGAGGUAUUGAUGGUUCAUCUUUACAACGACGGCUCGGGAUGGUUCUCAGACUGGUUUGUUAACAAGAUUACCGUCACAAGCUCAAAGCAAGAGGAAACCUUCUACUUCCCCUGUUACCGUUGGGUCGUGGAUGACAUGGUUGUAUUUCAAGGAAAAGUUUACGCAGCGGAGCCUCUUUGUUUAUUUUACGUGAAGAGCUCUGGGGAUCUGGUGCCUAUUGCUAUCCAGCUGUUCCAACAACCCAGCAUGACCAACCCAAUAUGGACUACUAGAGACUCAUAUUAUGAUUGGCUGCUGGCAAAAAUGUGGCUCCGCAACGCUGACAAUCAAGUACAUCAGAUGGGGACUCACUUAUCCAAAACUCAUUUGCUUAUGGAAGCGUUUGCUGUUGCCACAUGGCGUCAGCUGCCAUCAAUCCAUCCAGUCUUCCAACUUCUGUUUUCUCAUCUCCGCUAUGUCAUGGCCAUUAACACCUUGGGAAGAAAUGAACUGAUUGCACAAGGAGGUAUCGUGGACAAGACUCUUAGCAUAGGAGGUGGAGGUCACAUUCAACUGCUAGAAAAGACGUACAAGAAUUUCAAAUUUGAGAUGCUCUCUUUGCCAGACAUGUUGAAGAAGAAAGGUGUUGAUGAUGUUGAGAAGUUGCCAAAUUAUUAUUACAGGGAUGACGGACUUCGCUUGUGGACAGCCAUCUCAGAUUUCAUCCAGGAAUUCAUCGGCAUUUUCUAUCAAUCAGAUGAUGACGUAUGCAAGGAUUACGAAAUACAGUCCUGGGUGAGAGAAAUCCACGACAAUGGCCUCCCUGUUAGAGAAGGUGACGUAGAUCACGAGUUUCCCGACAGUUUGCAAACACUUGAUCAGCUUGUUCACAUCUUGGUCUGUGUUGUGUUCACAUGCUCGUGUCAACACGCAGCGGUCAACUUUUCCCAGCUGGAAUCAGCCUUCAUACCAAAUGUUCCGUCAGUCAUGCGUCUGCCAGCACCCACAAGGAAAAACCAGGCGACUCUGGAGCUCAUCAUGAAUACUCUGCCGAACAAGAGUCAAGCUGGUUGGUAUAUUGCUACCAUGUACGUUCUGACGCGAGUAUCGGAAGACGAGGUAAUAUGCGAAAACUACUUCAGUUAUGAACCAGCUUUGAUUCAGUCGAAGUGCUAACCGUCUAGACAAUAUUGAGCAGGAAAGUUCUAAUUCUAAAAAAUCUGGGCCGUGUUUUUCAAAGCCCGAUUAUAAGCU